AGCACUUGUAAUCAAAUGGUGCCCCUUAGUAGCAUGAACGGGGAAUCACUUUUGCGAAUUUUAUGACUUGUCGGAAGUCUCUAUUUGACCGGAUAUUCCGAUUGGGAUAACCGGGAAAUAUGGCGAUUUCCAUUUUGGUCACUACAGCUGUCACAAUUUUCCUAAGACCGGACUCAGUCAUUUCGGAAUUAAAACCAUUGCCGGAUUACUUGCACGUUUGCCGACGAUCCAAUCCGGACAUUGCCAACUGCAUUAUGGAAUCGGCGUACUUUUUGAGGACAAAACUAGCCGCGGGUAUACCCGAGUUGGGCGUAGCUCCUAUGGAUCCGAUGGUCAUCAACACCUUGAUGCCAUCAAAUGGCCACGGCAUCAAGAUUGAAACAACAAACCUGUUGGUCACAGGAACUAGUAACUUUACUCUAUCUUACCUGAAAGCCAACAUAGACCGACAGAAGUAUGAGUUUCAAGUUCGGUUUCCUCACAUGCACGUCCUUGGAAACUAUAGCAUAGACGGAAGAAUCGUACGGAUGGCCAUCAAGGGACACGGCGAUUUCGAUCUAGACAUUUAUGGAGUCAAAUGUAACGUUUCCCUGUUGGGUAACGUCGUCGAUAUCGAUGGUUCGAACUACAUACGUUUCAACAACAUAUCUCUUAGGAUCAUGGUAGACAAGGGCAAAAUAGAAUUGAGAAAUUUGUUCGGAGGCGACAAAAAUCUAGGAGACGUGCUGAACUCGGCCAUCAAUUCCAAUUUUAUAAUGUUCUUCAUGGAACUCAGGCCGAUCAUCCAGAAAGUUUUGGAAGAGUUCGUUUUGGACACGGUCGAAAAGUUAACCCGGCAUUUCACCUACGAGCAGUUAUUUCCAGAUUGAAGAAACUUUUAUGUGUAUAAUGGUCGCUUACAGAGUAUAAUUUUACUUAUUAUGCAAGUCUGAUAAUAGUAUUGUGUUAUGAUGUAAUAAUGAUUUCGAGUCGC